UGUUGAACGGAAGAGUUUACAAUGGGGACGCGCAGUGUUCAGACAGCGCUUUUGCGCACUUUGAUUUUACUUGUGCAGCUCCACGGCGGUUUCGGAUGGAGCUGGUCGGAUCAGCCGGUUUAUAACCCAGUGCUGAUUACCGCGCCGAGAGCGGUAUUUCAGGCGAAGCCCACCCCUCUCUCCGUGCAGAGAGCUGACCUGUCGCUGUUGGAUUUGGUCACCCUGGACUGCAGGAAAGACGCCAUGGUAGUGACCGUGAACCGGGUCUUGUUUGGGAUCGGUUACCUGGUGAACAGCGCCGACUUGAGCGUGGGGUCCACGGGUUGCUCGGCCACCUCCUCCGACAGCGUCGCCAACACGGUUUUGUUCAGCAUCCAGCUCCAGGACUGCGGCUGCACUUUCCAGGUAUUCCCAGACUUCCUGAGCUACACAAACCAUCUCUAUUACAAGCCUGCCAGUGUUGGCAUCAUCACCAGGGUUAAUAUGGCUGCUAUUCUCCUCAAAUGCCGAUACCCGAGAAGGUGGAAUGUCAGCAGCAGCCCCAUAAAACCAACCUAGGUGCCCUUCACUUAAACAGCCUCUACAGAGCAAAUCCUGGACUUCUCCUUGCUGCUCAUGAAUGGUAUGAAGGAAUGGGCUGGGGACGGGGUUUAAUCAGAACCUGGUGCUUGUCUUUGAACAUUAAGACCAGUUUCCCUUGUAUUGGAUGCUGAAGUUUAAUCUUCAAAUGGUCUUUAACCUCCCCUCCCAUAAUUUUAUAAUUGAGGGAUGCUGUGUGACUUCCAACCCUAUAGGGCUCGACGAUAUUUUCAGCUUUUAUCGUAUGUAUUAAUUUAUGGGCUGAAUAAAUGUGUUUCUUGUAAUCUAUCAAAUGUUAUACUUGAGCAGCAAGACAGCUUCCAAUUCAAGUCACAGCACAUGAAUAUAUACACCUGUUGUAAUUACUGUGAAAUAGUCUUUAAAGAUUUGUUUUAUUGGAGGACAUUUAUCUUCAGAAGUGCCACGAAAUGUAUUGAUACAACAAAAUUAACGUUUCACUUGUGUGGCGGAUUUGCCAUUGAGAGAAUCAAACUAGGUUUCUGUGUGUUUGUAUAUAGUUUUAUACUAUUGGAAAUAUACAGUUGCACAUCACUGCUUGUAUGACUGUUUACUAAAAUAAACUGCCUAUCCUUUUAAAGUUAACUCUUUAUGCAACUACCUUUUUUUCUUUACACAA